AUGAAAUUCAAAUCGUUUAUAUUAUUAUUAAUAUGUUUUCAAAAAAUAGUUGUCGAGUGUAAAACUUCCACGGCUCAUGGAUCUGACAAUUUGGAAAAUAUAAAAAAGUCUCUUGAAGAGCAUCAAAAAGAAUUAACCGCCGCAAAAAAUAAAUCCAAAAGUAUUCCUAAGGAAAUAACUAAUGUGGUGAAAGUUAAAUUGAAAGCCGCAGUGCCGUCAUAUAAUGCUGAAGAUAAGCCUAAAAUGAUUUCAGUUAAGCAACUAGAGGAAUGGGCCAAAGAAAUAUCAGACAAAUUGUUGGAACAUGAAAAUCACAUAGUCAGAAGAGAGUUACUCUUAAAAGGUUUUAGAGAUUUGAGGAGUGAAUUUCGUAACGGAUCUGUGAUUGUUGAACAGGCCGCUAAAUCAAUACAGGACCUUCUUUUGAGACGGACUAAAGUGGCGGAAUCUAUUAUGAGAAAAGCAGAAGAAUUGUCAAAAUUAAAGAUUCAACCGCCUCCAAAUUACACAUAUACUCUUAGCAAAGAUCUAGAUAAAUGGAAGAAGGAAGAUACGGAAUGGAAGAAAGACCGUCGAAAUUUUACAUACCCCUUGAAAUGCAGGAAUUUGAAUAAAGUUAAGACAUAUCAAAGCUCACACUUUGAUGCGGGCGUUUCCUUGGAUACCAGUAGCGUCCACGUGGCUAUGGAACUUUUUGAUUGCGAUCCAAGGAUUGUGGAAGCUUUGUACUGGUCAGAAGGCCUCUUAUCCACAUUUAAAGAAAACUACGCUCAUGAUGCUACCUUAGACUUUCAAUACAUGUGCAGCGCCAAAGGUUUUUUGAGACAUUAUCCCGCGGCAUUGUGGGAAGACAUGUUUAAGUUAAAAUUAAGCGUGGAAGAUAUUUACGAUUGUCGCUUACGCCCUUGGUACGUUAGCGCUAGUGGUGCUCCGCGUGAUGUUCUCAUUCUACUCGAUGCUUCUGGUUCUAUGAAAAACUCCUCUAAUCAGUUGAUCGCGGAAAAACUUACACUGACUCUGCUCAGUGCUCUGACCGAUGAUGAUCAAGUUAACGUCUUAAGGUUUAAUGUAACUGUACGGUCACCAAUCACAUGCUUCAACAACAAACUUGUGCCGGCAAAUCACGUGAAUUCGGCUGCUAUAAUGGCAGCCUUGAAUCACUACAAGAUGUGUAAUGAGACUUGGAUGGAAGAUGUCUUGAAAUAUGCGGUGCGUCUUUUACAAAAACAGCGUGGCACACCGGACCGUCCCGCUUCCUGUCAGCAAGCCAUCGUACUUAUCACAGACAGUCUUUACGACAAUUAUACGGAGCUGCUUAACCACCUUGAUCCAGACGGUAGUAUUAGGCUAUUUGUAAUGUGGCUGCACGAUCGAUAUGGCAUACGUGAUAAUACACGGACUUACGGAGAAGCCUCAAGCUGUGGUCGUGAUGGCUACUUUGCGGAGCUGAUAACAGCUUCUGACGUUACGGAACAAGUGAUGAGUAUACUGCGGGUCAUGGAACGGCCACUCGUCGCUCAACGAAAGGAACGACUAACUGUGUAUAGCGAUAUCUACGCACGUGUGGAGGAUCCGAGAAGGUUAGAAUAUUACUGGAAGCAAAAGGAGAACGCUGAACAAGUUUAUAGAUAUAAGCAACUCCGAAAGAGUAAAGCUAGUUUGCUAAAUCAGUCUAAAAUGUAUGCAGACUACAUGCGUCAAUUAAAUCUGGAUGAUUUAGGCUAUUACUAUGAAGGUGAGGAUUUAAACUAUCGACUUCAAAUUAGUGUGUCCGUACCUGUAUUCGAUCACACUACAAUAGAGAAUAUAACAAUUACACUUAACGAGGAAUCGCAAAGAAAUUCCACAAGAACUUAUCCAGUCAACAGGCUUCUUGGUGUUGCCGGGGUUGAUAUACCAAUAGAACAUCUAAAAUUGUACGUCCCAUACUACCAGCUGGGGCCGGGUGGAUUUUUUAUUUUACUCGAUCAUCGCGGUAACGUUGUAUUACACGACAACAUUAAACCUGCAUUUGAUGGUGACAUACUUAAACCCGGAUACCGCACAGUAGACUUUUUAGACCUGGAGCAAGCGGCAGCUGACCACUUUCCACGAGAGUAUCCUAAGGAAUGGGUGGAGUUCCGCAAAUCGUUGAUUAUCGACUAUCCCGAAGGAAACAAAACAAUGCACAGCAAAUACAUAUAUGAAGACGGGAUGCGAGGGAUAUUAGAAAUGCGGGAGUACCACUGGAAGCGUAUACUGGAUCAUUACACGGCGGUGGUGGUGCUUCCAAAGAAGGAAGGCCGUCGCGCAGUACCUGAUGCAAGGCAUUUUACCCAACAACUCGCUAAGGAAGCCUAUUUGACGAUGUCUGAAACAGAUUUUUCUGUGCAUCCGGACUGGCUUUACUGUCGUCAUGUGGAACCUCAUUUCGAUACACAAAAAGACGAAAUACUCUAUUUCAUAAAGCGACGAAAAAAUGAAGCACACUUCCAAAUGCAAAAUCUUAAGCACAUCUUCUCCCCGAUUCCACCAACAUUACAAGAAUUGCCUUAUCAGUGUAACGAAGAGUUAAUGACGAGGAUAUCCAUGGAAGCGAUAGCUACGGCGCAGUGGUCAGAAAUUGACGAAUAUCAAGACUGUUCCACAUGUCAGCUCGGUUCUGUGAUCGCCUUCUUUACAAGUGAGAGCGGCUUCUCGCGCUGGCAGUACUACGAGGCGACUAGUCCUCACGCAUUACCUCCGCCGGGAGGGCUGUGGUCGCGGGGCGCCACCGAAGCCUGGUUCGUACGUGCCGCGGCCGCCGCGCCUUCACUGCUUAUCCACGCCCCGGUUGCACCGAUCCGCCGACUUCGCAACAGCGACGCGCCCAUACCAAAAAUAAGCGAGCACAAGAUUUGGCUGACAGCGGCGAGAGUCCUGGAGUAUUCCAAUAAGGGCAUGAUUGGCGUCGCCGGUUUCCACUUCUAUCCGAGGCAUCUUGAUGACCUUCUCAAAACCAUAACUAAUAUACAUUGUACUGAAGAAGACGAGAGCAAAUGUGAACCGCGCUGUGAUAAUAAGGAUUGGUCCUGCGUUCUAAUCGACGACGAAGGUUGGGUUGUAGCAAAGGUACGGGAGGACUUGGAUGAUGACAUUGAAACCGAACCACUAAGAGAACACCUCGCCAACCUGCAUCCAGCUGCUAUGUCAGCGCUCCUUAAUGCGAGCGUAUUUAAGUUGCGUUGGAUACAUGAUUAUCAAGGCGUUUGUUUUCCGCCUCAAGAUGAGGAAAUACAUGCCGCUGCUCCAAUCAUCGCCUCAAUACUACGGUCUUUAUGGUCGUCGGUAACGCUUAUUUUUCACGUCACUAGAGAACUUAUGACAGUCCUUUUCAUACUGAACACUGGCAACACAGUGACAGCGGAAACUGAAGCAGAGAAGGAGAAGAGACGUAGGCGCCUGCAGAAGGACUACGAGAGAGAGAAGUACGAACGUCUGUACGACCCGCGCGUGCUCGUCAACAGGACUCGAUUCGCCGCCUGCGAUCGUUCUAGACCUUUCUAUCAGUUGCAGCGCACAGGGAAGGCCAUGGAGGCGCUGCGGCGUCCGGCAAGCGCGUGCCGCUGGCCGCUGGCGGCGACGCCCGUGCCCGGUACCAACCUCGUGCUGCUGGCCGCCUACACGCCCUGCCCGCACCGCGCGCGCCCGCUCAGCAACCCGCUUGUCAACGAACGGGUGGAGAUGGCAGACGGCAGGGCGGGACUGGAACCUUCAGCUAGCCGUUUGGCGUGCUGGCGCAAUCGCGUCCCGCUGCCUAGUCGCCCGCCACACGUUCAAUGUUACCCACACAAUUAUACUUACGAAGAAGGAUAUCGACAAUGCGGCCCGUGGAUCCCGGACCCAAAAAGCCGAGCAAAUAAUGUCUUUACAUCAAAUAACUUGCUUCUAUUUAUAUCAUUAUCUGUUAAAAUUAUUAUAUUCUAG